UCCGCCUACUUGCCAAGAACCAGGAAAUAGCCAUGACAUUUUAAAAGCGGCUCUCAGUUGAUAUUAGUCUUUGAGAUCUAAUAAUUUUUCUUUAACUUUGGUGGUCGAGUGAGAUUAUUGCAGUUAUGGCUUCGUUAUUCAAGAAAAAGACAGUAGAUGAUGUUAUUAAAGAACAAAACAAAGAGCUGCGCGGAACACAGAGACAGAUUACACGAGACCGGACAGCACUGGAAAAACAGGAAAAACAAUUGGAGAUGGAGAUCAAGAAAAUGGCUAAGACGGGUAAUAGAGAUGCCUGUAAGGUUUUAGCCAAGCAGCUUGUACAAGUGAGGAAACAGAAAACACGUACAUAUGCCGUUAGCUCUAAGGUUACGUCCAUGUCCACACAAACCAAGCUUAUGAACUCCCAGAUGAAGAUGGCUGGUGCCAUGGCCAAAACCACUAAAACAAUGCAAGCUGUCAAUAAAAAGAUGGAUCCGAAAAUGACUAUGCAGACCCUGCAGAACUUCCAGAAGGAGACGGCUAAGAUGGACAUGACAGAAGAGAUGAUGAACGACACUCUGGAUGAGAUCUUUGAAGAUUCAGGCGAUGAAGAAGAAUCUCAGGACAUUGUGAACCAGGUGUUGGAUGAAAUUGGAAUCGAGAUCUCAGGAAAGAUGACUCGUGCCCCUGCAGCUGACCGAAGGAACCCAAGCGCCGCCACAUCCAAACCAGAUGGGAUAUCAGAUGAGGAAAUUGAGAGACAGCUCAAAGCCCUUGGUGUGGACUAGUGCUGAUGCACUCUGAUACACACAAACACCCGGUUAUUGCCUGGCAAAAGUAGGCAACCGCAACACUCAAAUUCACAGGCACAUUAUAAUAGGUUCAUACUGAAUACAAAUGGAAACACACACAUUCACAUUGGCACAGUUGCAGACAGAUGCAGAUAAAUGGACAGUCCAAUAGCCUACAUUCACGGUCACGGACCUGCCUACUCUGGGAUAUAGUGCCACAGAUGGCAAAUGCAAUUUUUGUUUUAAAUUUUAUUUAUGACAAUGGGAACGAUUAUCAUAGUUGAUUAGGACUCUUUCAUAAGAGCCACGGUUUCGUCUGGCUUUAGAGGAGUCAUUUUAGAAAGACAAAAAUGAUUUUUUUGAAAACUCGUGGUCUUAAUGAAUACAAUGCCUGUGAAGGUGGAUGUGUUCCCCUGAAAUCCAGACCGGUGGCACACUGCAUCUUCAGUCAACUUUGACAGAUAACACAGAAAAUGUUUCUUCUAUUGUUAUAUUGUGUAAACAAGUUUGACAGGAGAAUUCUACCUCUCUAAACAUACAUGACACAGGGCUGUCUCUCUGGUCCUGUCACACUCCAUCUAGUCUUCAUACAACUGUUCUCUCGGUGCAUGACAAAACACUGUGUGAGUCACGCCUUUUGCUUUUUGUUCACACCUUUGCCCCGUUUUUGAAUUGGAAUUGAUUGAAUUGGUCUUGUAGGCUCAUUUUUAUGGUUCGUACAUAUUUAAUUCAGUCAGUUUACAGGGCAAUGCCAAAUGGUGUUCUGUUUGAGCAUGUUAUUUAUCCCUGUGUUAUGUCUGAAGACAAAGGUUCUCCUUUAUUUCUCAUGUGCCUGAGGUUUAGAGUUGACAGUGUGUUUUUUAAGAGAGUUUUUUUUUUAUUUCAGAGACGCUAAGUGAGUUCCUGUUACCUGUCAAUUUAACAUGUCAUUUUGUGACCAAGAAAAUCUAAAUAAGAGGUUUUUUUGAGUGGCAGCUGAAAGCUGCAUACUGAUCUUGAACUAUUGGAAUUGUAUACAAAACGCUGUAUUUAGGUUGAGAUUGGUUAUGCACGGCAAUAAAUCAGAAGGAUGUACAUAAUAAAGGCAUGAAAGGUUGAUAGUUCAUUCUUUUAUCCAUAGUCGUGUAUUUAGGGGAACCUUUCAUGGAAUUUAUUCACGGACAAGUAUUGUUCACACUUGAGGGGAUUACAUACCUCAUUUAACCAUUAAUAAAAUGUUAUAAUGAUAUGUUAA